UGUAUUUCAUAAUGCAGUUAAUCUAAUCUUCUAUUGUUUGGAUAAGUGAAGGGCUAGCUUGGAGCUUUCCAGUGGCUUAAUUGCUCUCCCAAGGUUGGAAUCUUCAGAAUAAAUUUUUGAGGAGGCUCCAAUGGGCAGGAACAGUAAGAUGAUUGACAAUUGUCAGGACCACAAACGGGAAUCUUGUCUGCAUGGACAAAGCCAACUGAAGAAUUAUGCUGAUGUUUCUUUGACUUCAAAUUCUCAUACAGCUAAAAUGGGUGACUCUUUCAAUUUGCCUUCACGAAAGAUAGGUGAAGAUGGGCAUUAUUAUGAGUGUGUAAUCUGUGGCAAUGGUGGUGAAUUGCUCUGUUGUGACACCUGUCCCUGCACUUUUCAUCUUCAGUGCCUUAAUCCACCUCUUGAAUCCAUUCCCCCUGGAAAUUGGCAAUGUGAAAAUUGCAGUGAAGAUGCUGACCUUGUAACUCCGCUUAGGUAUCUCGUGAGCUCGAAAGGAAAUGCCCCAUCUAACCAAAAUGCUGUCAACCACAUUGGUGACAAAAAAGGUGCUGAGAAAGUGAAAGAAAUUAAAGUCUACAGAAGACUUGCGAAGAAGAAGGAAGUAGAAAAGGAGGAAGAUAAGGACGCAAGAAAAUUUACUGUGGUCUAUGGUACUGAAUUUGCAAAUGAAGAUCAAAAGGAUAAACCUCCUGUAGAUACUUCAGGAUUGUUCAAUUGUUCGAGCAUUCAACCCAAGUCUGCUGAACAGGCUAAUAAAGAUAUGGAAAUCGAUGAUAUGAAUGCAUCAAGGCCCCACCAACCAAAAGAAUCUAGCCAAAAACCAGUAGAAGAGCGUCAAGUGAUGAACAACAGUGUUUGUGCGCAUAGUCCUAACAUAAAUCAGUAUGACAGUCUUUGGAUUUCAAGGGAUGUUGUUCAGAAGUCAAUAAAGGACCAUUACUUUAAGCAGAAUAAAGGAAGGGAAAAGCAGCAGGCUCUAUACCCAGAGAAUACAGAAUCUGGCAGGGCUAGGAAAGAGAAGUUUGCUAGGCUUCGAGCAAGACAGAAACAAAAACUUGCCUUCAGGAACAGAAGCAGGGGACUGAUCCUUAGUUCAGGACUAGGUGGACAUGAACCACUUAAGUUGUAUCCAGAAAUCACCGUAUCUGAGAGAGUGCAUACUUCAGCAAAUGGCUUGAAGGAACACAUAUUACCGAAGCCACUUCUUAUGAAAGAGAAGAUGAUCUUAAGUGACCUGUUGCAUUCUAAAUCUUUAGAUCAGAUAUAUGCCCAUUUGAAUUGUUUUCAGAAUCUUUCCAGCAUAAGAGACCCCAGAAAAUUGCACUACAGGCAUAUUGAAUUCGGACAGUUACCAUGUUUUUCAUUCCAUCAGGCAUCAGAUGCAAGAUUUUCAGAGAUUAACCUGAACAAUAAUAAAUUGAAGAAGCUGGAUCCCCCUGCAGUACCUCAAGGAGGCCUCAUUCAUCCAAGGAGUUCAGCUUCAAACUUUUCAUCUACUCAACAAUCGAGGGAAAAUGUUGAUAGCAUGAUGUUGAAGAUGUCCAACUACUCGGGAAAAGAUGAUGGAAUGGUAGAUGUUUGGUUAGAGGAGGAACUUGAUUCUCUUUGGAUUGGCAUCCGGAGACAUGGGCAGGGAAAUUGGGAAGUCAUGCUCAGAGACCCUUUGCUGACUUUCUCCAAGCAUAAAACUACAAAUGAUCUGUCACGAAGGUGGAACAAGGAAAGACUUAAAAUCUUGAACCCUCGUGGAUCGCUCUCUAGUAUGUUCAGGGAUUCAACUGACCGAAAGAAGAACAACUCUCAAGUACUUGACGCCACCUUGCCAAUUUUGAAGGAUCAGCUGCCUUCAAGUAGGGGAAAGAGAGUUCAGAAGAACCUUCUUGUUGGUGGAUUAAUUAACGUUCCGAUGGUUAAAAUAGACUCAGAAGCAAGUGAAGACUGGAGCCAAAUUCACCAGCAUGAAGAAAAAGAACGCUCUUCAGAGGGCACAAUUUCUGAUUAGAAUUCCAUGGCGGCUUCAAGGCAGUAGCUAUGCAUGUUUCUUUAUUUAAUCAUUUACAAUACUUUAAACACAAAUGGGAGUGAAUUCUCCAUGUUAAUUCACAUUAGCAGCUACGUAGACAGGAGCUAAUUAGCUACAGCCUACCCGUGGAAUUAUGCAAAGUAUGUAAUAUUCGUAAA